GCAGCUGUACUCGCCAACACUAUGGACAGGACAUAUGACAGGAAUCUCCCUGUUAGCUCUCUGAUUAUGUCACGGUUUGUGGACAACAUAUCGUCCCGGGAAGAAAUUGAUCAAGCAGAGUACUACCUUUAUAAGUUUCGUCACAGUCCAAACUGUUGGUACCUGCGAGACUGGACCAUUCACGGCUGGAUCAGACAGUGUCUAAAAUAUGGGGCUAGAGAUAAGGCCUUGCACACACUUAAAAACAAGGUACAUGCUGUCAAAGUUAAAAGUUUAUCUCCGUCUCUUUCAGGUGCGUGUUCUGUGGUUGAAGAGGUGAUGCUUCAGGAGGCUUUUGAUCUUCCCUCCACUCAGAUCCUGUCUCUGUAUGCUCUGGGCAGUUACCUAGCAACCAGACCACAACUUGCUGUGUCAGAAGAACGGGCUCUAGGGGCAUCACUGCUUUUCUGUGGACAGAAGCAAGACAACACCAUUGGCCUCAGUGCUCAGCUGCUUGGCAAUGCUUUCCUCGGCAAGGUAGAAAAUUUAAAGGGCAUACAUGCCGUCUUCAAAGGGAUGCCUCUCUUCUGGGGUCGAGGAUAUCUGGGCC